CUUGUAACGGAUAGCAGAUCUUACAGAACAAUGCCAAAAUCCAUAUUGAUCGACUGUGAUGCAGGGAUAGAUGAUGCUCAAGCUCUGUUUUUGGCUCUCAGCUCACCGGAAGUAAAUGUCGUCGCCAUCACCGUUGUUCAUGGGAACGUACUGACAAAGCAAGUGGCUGUCAACGUACUGCGCAUACUCCGAGUAGUAGAGAGAUUGGAUAUACCUGUCUAUGUUGGGAGCGAGACAAGUAUUUUGGGCCACGAGAGACGACAUGAUGACGAACCCUACCAUGGCUGGGAUGGACUGGGGGAUUCGCCAGAUCCCGAAGCUGUAGACGAAUCUUUGAUAAAUCCGGAACCCGCCUCAGCCGCCAUUGUGAGAAUCUGCCGCGAAUACCGAGACAGUUUGACAUUGGUGUGUUUGGGACCCCUUACAAAUGUGGCCACUGCAAUAAGACUGGACCCCGCCCUGGGUCAGAGAAUACAACACUGUGUAAUAAUGGGCGGGAAUUAUUAUGGUAAGUCAAACCAAACAAUUUUUUACAAAGCAUGUAGUUGUUGGAAAACUGGUACAUAUAUUUAG